CCGACAUCUGGGGCGGCCCAGCGAGAGCGGAGCGAGGCGGGCCGAGCCGCCUGCACCCUGCGGCGACAGGGGCGACGCGCAGCGCCCGGCCCAUUGGCAGAGUGCAUGUACUCUGGUGGAACAUUCCUACUUGUGCAGAGGUGGACGACGAGGUCCCAGAGAAGAUAGACUGUGUCUGAGACUGAUCGAGAGAGAGAGCACAGUAGGAACGUUGCUGAAGGCACAAGCAGGGAAUGCAGUGUCCUGAGAGCCUCUGCUCAACACCAUCCCAGACCGCUACUUCCUCAUGGGAAAGAUAUUUAGGAUUUUGCCAUUAUCCACCCAAAACUUUUAUAGCACCAAAACAAGACUUUUGCUACAGAACUGAACAGGAUAAUACUUCAUUUUAUUUUUGUACCUUUUAAUUUUCCUGGUUGUAGUCUUAGCUGUUUAACCCUGAGAAUUAUUUUUGUGUACACUUCUCAAAAUGAUUGACUUAAGUUUCCUGACUGAAGAGGAACAAGAGGCUAUUAUGAAGGUUCUGCAGCGGGAUGCUGUCCUGAAGAGGGCUGAAGAGGAGAGAGUCAGACAUUUGCCUGAAAAAAUUAAGGAUGAUAAGCAGCUGAAGAACAUGAGUGGCCAAUGGUUUUAUGAAGCCAAGGCAAAAAGGCACAAAGACAAAAUCCAUGGUGCAGAUAUCAUCAGAGCUUCUAUGAGAAAGAAGAGGCUCCAAGUUGCAGCUGAGCAGAGUAAGGAUAGUGCAAUCCAGGUAAAGAAAAGCUGGGUGAAUAAUGUCAACAAAGAUGCUUUCCUUCCCCCAGAGCAAGCUGGUGUUGUAGAAGACCCAGAAGAGAAUGCAACACCAGCAAGCACAAGUGUGGUGAAUCCAGCUCCCACUGUGACUGAUAAGUCCCAAGAAAAGACAAGGACAUCAACUGUGUCUCCAGCUAAGCAAAGGAAGAAUCCGUUUAAUAGCUCCAAGUUGCCAGAAGAUCACUUAUCACAGCAAACCAAAAAUGAGCAGUCAAAAAAUGGAAGAGCUGGUUUAUUUCAGAUUUCAAAAGAGGGUGAAUUGUCAGAGUCAAAAGAAAAGUCAUCUAUCACAGACGUUUCAAGCCAAAAGGUAGAGGAAUCAAAGCAGACUGUGCCAACAGGGCCUGUGAAUGGUUCCCAAAUCAAGCCUCCAGUCCCCAAAGCCAGAAAAUUGAUCAGCAAAUCAAAUGAUUUAAAGCAAGAUGAUAGCCAGUCUUUUCUUAGACAAAGGACAGACUCCCUGAAUGCAAGAGGGGCACCGAGAGGAAUCCUCAAGCGCAACUCCAGUUCUAGUAGCACAGACUCAGAAACUCUUCGCUUAAAUCACAACUUUGAAUCCAAAAGCAAAACUGUGUCACCUGGCCUAACCAUCCAUGAGCAAAUUUCUGAGAAGGAGCAUUCUUUAGAUGACUCUUCCUCAAACUCACUGGAGCCUUUAAAGCAUGUGAGAUUCUCUGCAGUAAAGGAUGAACUUCCUCAGAGUCCUGGACUAGUCCAUGGCCGGGAAAUGGGAGAAUUUAGUGUUUUAGAAUCUGACAGGUUGAAGAACGGAACAGAAGAUGCAGGGGACAUAGAUGAGUUUCAGGAUAACCUGAAGCCCUCCCACAGAAAGCCUAUGCCUUUUUAUCCAUCAACGUCAAGCCCAGGUGCAUCAAACAAUAAAACACAUCAGCCAAUGACUUCUUAUCCUCUUCCAAAUAAUGGGCUCCAUUCUCACUCAGAAGUUCAAGCUGCAAGCCCACAGUCCAUUGAGAAUUCAUCCACCAUCAUUGAACACCAAGAUAAAUCAUCAGAAUUAACAAGGCUUGAAUCAAAAUUGUCCAAAAGCCCUGCUGAUGAACUGUCUCACUGUGUUGAGCCUGAGCCAUCCCAGGUAUCAGAUCUCAGUUCUAGAGACCAUCAGCAAGGUUCAGAAGAAGAACCCAGUCCUGUUUUGAAAACUUUGGAAAGGAGUGCUGCUAGGAAAAUGCCUUCCAAAAGUCUAGAAGACAUUUCAUCAGAUUCAUCAAAUCAAGCAAAAGUAGACAAUCUACCAGAAGAAUUAGUACAUAGUGCUGAAGAUGUUUCCACAGUGCCUUCGCAGCCUGAUAAUCAGUUUUCUCACCCUGACAAACUCAAAAGGAUGAGCAAGUCUGUUCCAGAACUUCUUCAAGAUGAGAGUGAUGGCAGAGAAACAGAUACAGCAUCAGAAAGCAGUUACCAGCUCAGCAGACACAAGAAGAGCCCCAGCUCUUUAACCAAUCUUAGCAGCUCUUCUGGCAUGACGUCCCUGUCUUCUGUGAGUGGCAGUGUGAUGAGUAUUUACAGUGGAGACUUUGGCAAUCUUGAAGUGAAGGGACAUAUUCAGUUCGCAGUCGACUAUGUGGAGUCACUGAAGGAGCUGCAUGUUUUUGUGGCGCAGUGUAAGGACUUAGCAGCAGCAGACGUUAAAAAACAGCGUUCAGACCCAUAUGUAAAGACCUAUUUGUUACCAGACAAAGGCAAAAUGGGCAAGAAGAAAACACUUGUAGUGAAGAAAACCUUGAAUCCUGUGUACAAUGAGAUAUUGCGGUAUAAAAUCGAAAAGCAGAUCUUAAAGACACAGAAGCUGAAUGUGUCUGUUUGGCACCGGGAUACAUUUAAGCGCAAUAGUUUCCUAGGGGAGGUGGAACUUGAUUUGGAAACCUGGGCCUGGGACAACAAACAGAACAAACAAUUGAAGUGGUACCCUCUGAAGCGCAAGACAGCACCCAUUGCUCUUGAAGCAGAAAACAGAGGUGAAAUGAAACUUGCUCUCCAGUAUGUUCCAGAGCCAAUCCCAGGUAAAAAGCUUCCUACAACUGGAGAAGUCCACAUCUGGGUGAAGGAAUGCCUUGAUCUACCACUGCUAAGGGGAAGCCAUCUAAAUUCUUUCGUUAAAUGUACCAUCCUUCCAGAUACAAGUAGGAAAAGUCGCCAGAAGACAAGAGCAGUAGGGAAAACCACCAAUCCUAUCUUCAACCACACCAUGGUGUAUGAUGGGUUCAGGCCUGAAGAUCUGAUGGAAGCCUGUGUAGAGCUUACUGUCUGGGACCAUCACAAAUUAACAAACCAGUUUUUGGGAGGUCUCCGGAUUGGCUUUGGAACAGGCAAGAGCUACGGGACUGAAGUGGAUUGGAUGGAUUCUACUUCAGAGGAAGCUGCCCUCUGGGAGAAGAUGGUAAAUUUCCCCAACACUUGGAUCGAAGCGACGCUGCCCCUCAGAAUGCUUUUGAUUGCCAAGAUUUCCAAAUAAGCUCCUCACUGAAAACCCUACCCUGCUGGAGUCUGACCUAGAAAAUCUGACUGCAUAGGCAGAUAUCCUCACUUCCUAUCUGUGGCUGCAGUGAAUACUACACAGCAUGUCUAAGUCAGUCUGCAUGUGUUUUUUUGAUUACAAAGGACCAGGGAAUUUAAAUAAUGACAAGAUGUGUGACUCCAACAUUAAAGAAGAGAUUUGAGCAAGCUAGUGAAACUGAUUUGCUGCUGCUCAAGGAAAAACCUGUCCAAAAUGAUUAAAUUUGGGGUAUUUUUAACCAGAAAAAUGUUCUAGUUUCCAUUCACAUGUUUCAUGCCACAAUCUUGUAUUAUAGUUAAAGCCUGCUACUGGAUUAUUGAAACCCUUGCUGGGCUUAUGAAUAGGUAGAUUGUAGAAAAAAAUCAACAGAAAAGAUAUUCCUGGAGUGAGGAGGGAGAGGAAGAACAUCAUGAUGAGAGAGAUGACACAGUAAGAUAACUAUUUAGUCUGUAAUCUCUAAUAAAUAUGGAAGUCCAUGUUAAAACAGUAAGACUGGAUUUCUUGCAGGGAUAUUUGCCUUGAAUACACUUGCUUUCACUUUUCCUCAGUCUCAGUUGUAUCUUGCUGCCACCCACUGGCUAUAAAUGGAAUUUAGUUCUUGGAUUAAAACGGCUUAGUUCUAAGAGGUCUCAAGCCUGUGUUUUGUAAUAGAGUAUGUUUUUAAAAAUCUUGCAUAUAUAUGAUUUUCUUAUAACUAUACUGUAUGAAAGUAGAAUAACAGUAGUCACAUAUAUGCUUUGCAACAAAGUUUUAAUUAGAAUAUAAAUUGUCGA